AUGCCUGAGGGAAGAGAGUCACCACCCCCCGAGCGCCAAACUGGCAAACAGUUGCAUGACCCGCCUGCUGAGGGAUUCGGCACAAAAGAGGUUGGCAACAAGGGCGAAUCGAUGAAGUCUGAACUAAAGGGCCUUUCAUCGAACCCCAAAGGUCCAUUGGAUGACCAUCUCGAUGAGAAGUUUUCGAAAGAGACGGGGAACCCAGUCGGUGCUCACACUCAAAAGUAA